AUAUAAGUCACAAACUGUACCUAUAUAUUUACUUUGCCUGUUUGCCAGCAAAUUUUAUGCCAAUUUAAAAAUAUUCAUCAUUUAUUAGAUACCUAUUCUACUGAUGAAUGUCCUGUAUUGAACUCAUUUUCCAAGUUGAAUGGAUCAUUUUGAUCAAUCAAGCUUGUGGUGUUGUAGGGAAGACUUCAGUGCUGAUAAAUCACAGCAUCAUGGUGUACCUACUGUCACAUCUAAGGAGCAGAUGAAGGUUGAAGAAAGCAUUUCUGCAUAUUAUCAAUUCAUCUAUAACAAGAAACCCUUCAAAACUGAAGAUCUCAAGCUUGAAAGAAGCAGGCAUGUUGCAUACCUCAGACAUGGACUGAAAAAUCUCUCCAAAUCAUUUGAGUUCCUUGAUGCCAGUCGACCAUGGCUGGUUUACUGGUGUUUACAUGCACUUCAUUUGCUAGAGGAGAGUCUAGAUCUUGAUGAGCAGCAGUCUGUUAUAGAUUUCCUUGCAAGAUGUCAGUGCAGUGAUGGUGGUUUUGGUGGAGGUCCAGGCCAGUUGGCUCACUUGGCUCCCACAUUUGCAGCUGUCAAUGCCCUUGUCACUAUUGGCACUCCUGCUGCUUUUGCUGUCAUCAACAGGCAGAGUCUUGCAGAUUUCUUGGCACGGAUGGUCACGGCUGAAGGAUCGUUCCGCAUGCACGAGGGCGGCGAAGUUGAUAUUAGAGGCACAUACUGCGCUGUGUCAGUUGCCAGGCUAUGCAGGCUUGCCAUCCACCCUCUCAUGUCUCGCACUGCCUCCUGGAUAGUCCAUUGCCAAACGUAUGAAGGUGGCUUCAGUGGAAGUCCUGGCCUGGAGGCACAUGGCGGUUAUACCUUUUGUGGCCUUGCUGCCUUGGCUCUGCUCGACUGCCAGCACCUUGCCGACAAUAACAGGCUCUUGCGAUGGGUGGCAAGUCGACAGAUGCGUUUGAGCGGCGGCUUCCAAGGACGCACCAACAAACUAGUGGACGGCUGCUACAGCUUCUGGCAAGGCGCCCUUUUCCCCCUCCUGCACCACACUCUCACCUCGCGAGACAACCAUGCAGACACGGAUUCCUGUUGGCUUUUCCACUGCGAGGCGCUUCAGAACUACCUGCUCGUGUGCUGCCAACACCCUUCAGGGGGCCUCAUUGACAAGCCUGGCAAGUCACCAGAUUUCUACCACACAUGCUACACGCUAAGUGGACUGAGCAUCGCCCAGCACUUCUGCUACGGCAACACCAGCAAGCUGUCCGUCGUGGGACAUGAUGCUAAUGAAGUGGCAAUGACACACCCCCUGUACAACGUGGGCAUGAGCGCCGUGCACGCCGCCAAGUCGUACUUCAUGCAGCAGCCUGACGUGCAACCUAGCGUCUUCUCGGCCUCUCCCUCCUCCGCCACACAUAAUGCAAACCAGGUACCAAGUCGUGUAAACGGCACGAACAACUGCAAUGACCGCAUGGACGCCAGCGCUGACGCAGUGACCGAAGCUUCGCAGCGUCUGCACAUCUCAUUCGCCCAGGCGGCGCCCUCUGUCACACCGAACUCGGGAUGCAGCCUUCGACAGGGUCCUGAUUAAUGUUACUCAUUAUUUAGACCGUGAAAUGUCUAAGUAUAAAUUAAUACGUUGAUGAUGACUAUAGGAAAUAAGGAGAGAACAUGUGCUUUGGUUUAGGCUUCAUUAUCUCUUCUCCAACCUGCUUCAAUAUAAUGCUCAAGCCAAGUGCAUAAUGUUGACGUCUGCAAUAUACCUCCAUUGUUUUUAUGAGUCAUUCAUAUAUGCUACGUGCAUGAAUAAAUUAUGAUCGUUGGUAUGUUCAUAGAAGCUUAUGUGUACGGGUACGUGAUUGCCAUUGUUUGUUCUUGGCAAGUGAAGUGCGGAUGAAAACAUCACAAUCGUUAAUGCUAACUGAGACGCUUUAAGAAAAGACGGUCUCAAAAGCUGAAACCGUCUUAAUGACAAAGAGAAAAAUGACCUUUUAUGCUAGGAUAUUCGUGGCUUGGCUGUAGUGAAUGGAAAAUCUUGUAGCUCUCCUCAACAAGCCGCUUUGUUAUUGUUCUCAUUGAAAUGUUAUAAAUAAACGUAAGAAACUGGUAAGAGUGCCAUGGCCUUGAUGUGCUAUUUUGAUUGAGGUAGUUUUAAGCUUUCAAUAGUAACAACUGGUAUCAAUUGAUAUUCAACCUGUCGAUAUGUGACGAAUUUUACGAAGAUUUUCCCUUUCAAAUUCGUGUUUUGUUUCUUCUAAAUAUCUCCUCAGACUAGUGAAGCACACAGUGAUUUUCUAUCUCGUACCGACUUCUAUCGAUUGCUUCUGCACCUGAACGCUAAUUGGCUAUGUUGAGAAGAAAGACUUCCUACAAAAUGACGGCAUUGCUGGUGUUGCCGACACACUAUAAUAAUUACGGUCUUGCUAGUACAUCAAUCAUUUCAGUGGCUAGUAAUCAUUGCUAGUACAUCAGUCAUUUCUAUUAGCUGACAAAAUGCUGACGUGAAGCCUGAGUCUGUCAACUGCGAGAUCUUGUAACCACCGUAAACAUUUUUAGCAAGUCGCUUCACGGUUUCUGAGCUCUUACUGAAUUUAAUGCGUCGUAAUCUCUGCUAGGAAUUCAUAAUAAUUGUUAUUCGAGCGUGGCACGCCAUGCGUAAAUUGUGGGUUCAUAAAUUACAGUCUAAAAACGAUGCAAAGCUUAGGCGCAAAUCCGGGCAGUAACGAAUAUUAGAAUCGUAAAACGUUUCAUAGCAUUCGGAUGAGCCAGAGUUUGCAAAAGUAAUUAGUAAUAAAACCUUAUCGACCUGACGAGACAAAAUUAUGUUCUGUUUAUGAUGUUUGCAUUGGGGCUGUGCACAUUUUUACUCUCGCUAGGAAUAGAAAGUCCGACGCUUAAUUGUUCAAUGUAAUUUAUUCCUUAAGAAAGUGACUGUGAAUGCUGUGCAUGUUUACUGGCUCUGUCCUGCUGCUGGUAUAGCCCUUACUGUCCUCUCUUAUUCAACUCUCCGCUUCCGAGGCUCAGGUCGCCAUGAAAAUUAGAUAUUAACUAACGGCAUCCACUAAAUUGGCUAUAAUUCGUGCCUUGAAUCUUUGUCAAGGCUAAAAUUCACUUGGACGAACCGAAUGACCUGUUCCAAGAAGUCCUCAUUACGCCGCAGUAAAUCGUCAAAUAUUCUCGUUUUUGUGGUCGACUGAGGCUGUCGUGUGCGGAGGAGUGAUGCAAGUCCCUAGGCUGUGUCUAUGUCCCAUUAUUAGUAUUAAAGAAGUACGAUGUGUUCACGGUUCAAUUCUUGUUGUUGCUGCUGCUGCUGCUGCUGCUGCUGCUGCUGCUGCUGCUGCUCUACAAUGUUCUAAUCACUAAGUUAUUUAAUCAUAUUGAAGGUAUUUUCAAAGUUAUCUGCUAAUGACGCUUUAUAAAGUGUUCUUUAUGUCCCAAGAAUUGGGUCGGAAUUAAUCACUCAGAUAAAUUAUACCUUAGAAGCAGCGCCCGUUGAUCUUUUUUAGGUAUCGUAUUUUAGAUUGAAAAUACCAAUUGCUCUCGAAAACGAGAAUUGUCACGCCAGUUCAUUUAUAUUCGCCUCGGCACUCUAGUUGAAUAGGCAGAUCUGAUUAGGUCAAUGUUGAUUGCGAAUAACGCGAUCGUUGAUACGGGUUGAUUUGGUGGACUACGGGAGGAGUAAAAAUAUUCAAAUAUGUCGGGAUAGCUCGAACCAGGUUUGUUUUUCGUUUUGGCUUUUGAUUUUUAUCAACUGGUGAGCGUUCGAAAAUUUUAUGAACUCUUGCAACUGUGGCACAGAUGUGAGAAAUGAGAAUUUUUUUUCGUUUCACUUCCUGCCGCUUCUUUAAGCACAUGAACAAAUUUGUAUUAUACGAUGGGCUGCUGUGCAUCAAUUAACUAUAUGUAGAAUACUGGUAAUGAGGCUCGUCACUGCCAUAUUGCUGUAGUGUUAAGGAAAGCAGUGUGAAGAAAACUCGUGAUUGUUGAUGAACUCAUCCCUACUCAGGAUUGUUAUUGGUCGAAUCGCGGUAGUGUUAUCGUGGGAUGAACAUGCUUCUUGUGCUAUAUGAUAUGAAACGUAAUAGCUAUUACCCGUUAACGGAAGUGUUAGCGGCCCAUUAACAUUUUAAAAUGUCGAGCAUUGACAAAUAUUGUUUGAAAAACUAUAGCAUCAAUCCGGUUAACGAUUUUUCUCUCUUGUUGACUGAAAGAGAACAUAUUAGAAAUGUUCGCAAUGCUGUCGGUGGAAUGUUAUUAGCGGUGUUAUUAAUCUUAGUCUGCUUAGUUUCCUAUUAUCCCAAAUAUUUUAGGAUAAUCUGAUCAAUAACGUAAGCCGCUCUUGAAGACUUUAAAUGAUCCAUUCGUCUGGGCUUGCUUAUUACUUUAUCUGGCACUUCGUGUCAAUCUUUAAAAAAAAACAAUUGGUGAUGCGUUGCGAGUUAUUUACUCAAUUAUUUGUAGCGUCAAUUGUGAGUAAAGUUCAUUAAAUAUUUUCAGUA